AUUCCACAAAUAAUACCAAUAAAUUGAUUUAUUAUUUAUUUUAUAUAUCUAAUUAUUUUUUACUUAUUUAUUUUAUUAAUAAAUUCAUUUUUAAUUAAUUUUAAUAUAAAAAAAAAAAAAUCUAAAUAUAUUUUAAAAAAAUGAAAUUGACAAUGAUAA